UGGGCCGGUGUUUCCCUGUCUGUACACCCAUUUCUGUUGCAUCAUUAAAAAUCCAACCUUUAAUGACUAUCCGGUACCAUACCCACAAAAAAUUAGAUAAAACCCCAUUCUGUCCCGUCUCCCCCUUCAAGUUUCCAUUCCAUUUCACCCUCGCACCUGGAAAGUUCUUGUCUAAAGACUAUUGCUUUCUUAGACUGCUGCUGGGUAGAGUUGGUUCUCUAGCUGAAGCACCUCGAGAAUUUAACUGGGUUGGGAUUGGAUCUUGGGUUAGAGCUACAGGUUCGAGGAAAAUCGGGUUUUUGACUUUGUAGCCGAAGCUAGAGGCAAGUGGAAGCGGUGCUACCCAUUUCUGUUUUUGUUUGCUUUUUUUAAUUCCUUUCUUUUUUUUGGUUGUUUCUGCUUUGAAUUUGUGAAAGGAGAAUUUUAAUGGGGUUAUGUUUUGAAAUUCGCGAUUUGCUUUCCCUGUUUUUCUCACCCUUCUUGGAUACUGGUUUCAGGUUUCUGUUUAAAAAAAGUUGGGUGCUUUAUUGGUAUCUGGGCAUAGCUGCUGAUUAUUUGGUCUUCCUUGCUCCUAUUAAGUUUUGGGGUCAAAGGGUUUUGGCUAGGUUGUGUGAUUCUUCCAUCUCAGCCUUGGUGUUGGGGUUUCUAGUUUGUUCUAAAAUAGUAGUUCUCAGUCUGUGCCUGUAUAGAGCUGGAGUUGUGCUUCUGAAGCAGUUCAUGUUCCUGUGAAAGGAUUGUCUUAUUUGCUGUUGGUUUCUUGUUUUUUGAGAAUCUGUGUCAAAUUAAGUUGUAGGCAAGUUCUAUAUUGGUGGUUGUUCCCUUUCAGCUUUGGCUUUUUUCCUUCAUUUUGAGACUUGGUUUCCGUUCUUGCCUUUAUACUAGUCCAGAGAAAUAUCUUGCUUGAGAACUUGAGCUCUGUGAAUUUCUAUUUUUUUCGUGUUUAGGUUAGGGGUUUGCCAUAUGAGUUGAGUUCUGAACAUAAUAGAAGUUCAUAAUCAGCAAGUCUUCUGAUGAACUAGAUGAAUUGAUUUUCUAGGGCUAUUAUUGGGAAUUGGUUUUAGUGUAAGUUUAGGUUCUAUCUAUAAACCAUAACAAUUUGG